GUGUCACUAGACUCACAUUCGGUACUCAAACUACAACGCUGGUUAGAAUGCAGAGGAUUGAAAAAGUGGGAACCAAGGCUGAACUUAUUUCAAGAACUGUGUGAAUGCUGGUAAUGAAGGAAAGAUAAUCAGUGGUGUUGAUGGAGAAAAAUAGUACGAUUUAAAAAAUAAUGCCAAGCCUGUUUCUAGCAGUAACGUUGAUGAAUCGCUCUUUGAAGGAAUUGUAUGGGGAAAGUUUCCAAGUUGCGAUAUUCCAAAGUAUUCCAACAAAGGACAUAUUCAUACAUAUUAUAGUGGGUGAGAAUGUUGAGAAUGACGACCCAAAGAUAUUGGAAGUAGCUGACCAGUCGCUCACUACAGUGAAACCAUUCAGAAAAGGUCAGCAAUAUGUGAGUAGUAAUCACCUGAUGUUGAUGUUGAAGAUGGGGAAGCUAACAAUACAUAUUUAUGUAGGUAAGUGUAAGUGUCUCUCAUCCUUCCAGAAGGCUUUGCAAUGUUCUGUUCUACUUAUUUUAAACAAAAUAUCUGAAGUAGUAAUGAAAGGCAUUUGCGAGUGCAAGCAGUCAGCCCUGGGAAAAUGCAGUCAUGUGUCUGCAUUUUUGCUCUUUAUUUGCGAAUAUGUUGAAAAACAUGGACACACGAAAUUAUCAGCCACUAGUCAACCCGGUAAAUGGGGCCUUGGACCAAAAAAGCGCAACCCAGCAGUAGUUGAAUCUGCUGUUUACCCUUUAAAGAGGUAUAGAUCCGAACGAGCCAAUUUUGAUCCAAGGCCUGAAGGUUAUGUGAAAACCUUCAAUGAGAACGAUUUUGUAACAGAUUUACAAAAGGCUGGUGACAAUUCCAUGUUUCAAUCUAUAUUCUAUUUGAAAUAUGAAGAUUUUGAAUAUAAUGAUGAAGAACUGGAUGUUUUGAAACAGCAGUCAGAACAAUUCAUGGCCAAUUUACUUCUUAUAUUGAAGAACAUCUCGAAAGGUGAGGAACUGCUUGAAGUGCCUGGAACUUCAAAGGAUGUGAGGAGUGGUUGAAAUGGAGGUAAUAUUUCAUCACUUCUUCAAAUGCUAAAAUUGUGGCCACCCAAUUAAUCAGCGACAGGGCAACAAAAAAACCUUCCUAUUGAAAAAUCCGUGGAGCGAAACCAAAUCAAUCACAACUGUGGCUAUGGCGUACGGAAAGGCUAAGGAGGUGGUGGCAAGGCAGGAGUACGCCAAAAUUCUGGUUGAAAAUCAGCCUCUCGUUGAAAGGGACUGAUGUUAAAUGUAAAUCAUCCAUAUAUGGCAACAAGCCCAGAUGGUGUAGUGAUUAUAGAUAAUGAAAUCGAUCACAUAAUUGAAAAAAAAUGUCCAAAGGUAUUGGAAAAGUGCAGAGGCAUUUACAAUUUUGAUACACACUUGUUAAAAUCUCAAUGCAAUUCUUUUUUUUUGGAAAAGAAGAAUAAUUCGAUAACUGUCAAACGGAACUACCCAUCAUCAAAUAAUCAUGACAUUAGAGAUUUUUCAAGUGGAUAAAUGUAUGCUGAUUGUUCAGACAUGAUGGUCACUCCAGUAUAUAGGAGGGAUUACCCAGAAGUUGUAAGGGAAAUAAAAAUAAACGUUAAAAAAUUUUAUAACAAUAUUUAUGUUCCAGAGGUUUUCACAAUGUGAGUUGUAUCAACUUUAACAUGUCAAUUGUCACAAACAGUAGUAAUACCAACAUAAAUUUCAACCAAUCAGCAAUCGAGGUUAUGAAAAUCUUUUUUCUCUUUAACAGUAAACUCUAGAAAGCUCGGUAGAAUUUCA